UUUUUUUUUUUUUUUUUUUUUUACAUUUUUACGGAAUUCUACAUAGAAACUCUUAUUACAACUAGCGCUGCAACCUAAAUUACAACAAAAAAUCGUACAGAAUCCCCUAUUGCAACUAGCGCUGCGACCACUUUAGAAACCCAAACCGUAAAUUUGAAAAAAAGAGUUAAAAAAUAGUAUAUGGAGUAAUUCUCCUAAUUAUUUUUUACAUUAUAUAUAUAUUUUCAAUUUUAUGGUGUUUUAUUUACUUCAUAAUGAUAAUUUUACUCAUACAAAUAGCAAGAAAACACUUUGCAAAAAAAUAAAAAUAAAUAAAUAAUAAGAUUGAAAAAAAUAAAAAAACAACACAAGUAUAAUAUAAAAACAUCAUAUUCUUUAUAAAUAAAAACUUAAAAAUUGUAAAAGUUAUUUACAAACAAUUUUUUUUGUAAUUUCGUUUUUUGAAUUUUUUGAGUAUUUAUAAGAAUAUCCCCAAAAAAAAUAUCUUCAUAAAUAAUACUAAUAACAUGAAUGUCAAUUUCUCUUACUUUGGCGAGAAGAAAGUUCAUACGAGAAAGUCAUUCCAUGAUAAAGAGUGAAAUCAAACACAAUAAUAAUGACCUUUCAUUUGAUUAUUUUGCAUUCUAAUAGAUUCCUCACACUCACAAGUCACAACCAAACACCACCUAAAAUCUGGGUACUUUGCACCACAUGUUUUUCUGUAACAUUUCCUCAAAUCAUUUUUCUCACAAUUCUUUUACUUCUUGAUAAAAUAAAUACAUAUUCUCCAUACAAAGCUUAUUUAAGUUUGAAUUUGCUCUCUUUCCUAAAAAUAAUUAUUAUUUCAGCUAGUUGACAAUAACAAUGCACAUUCACUUUCACUUAUCCAUCCUUCUCUCCUAUCUCACUCAGUCCCAAAUCAAAAUCUCACUAACCCUAUUGAAUAUCAAUCCAACUCCAUCCAUACUCAACUCAGUUACACACUUUUUCUACUUAUUAUGACUAUCACGGAAUGCCAUUAUACCAAAUAUAUGCUAAUAAUUGUUAUGCUCUGUCAUGCUAUUUUACUGUGUGUUUACAAAGAUAAAUGCUAAAUCCUAAGCCUAAAAGCCUAAGAGAGUAUAUACUCUUGUUCAUUUUGAUGGGGGUGGUGUGGUGGGGUCACACCAUCAUGAAGAACUAACAACUAUGUGUCCUUGAUGAGAAAAAUCUUUAAAUUUCGAGGGCAUAAAUGAAAGGAAACACAAAUUUAAGGUGUAAAGAGUAAAACCAUAUUUUUGGGUAAAUAAUUAAAAACAAACAAACAAAAGGUUGCCUUGCCUGCCUUUGAAAACUAUCCUCUCCUGCCCUGAGGUUAGGCACUCUCUCGAGGAGAGUGAAGGAAGAAGCAGGGCGUUCCUCCGAAAAAAAAAAAAGGAAAAAAAGGUAAAGACUUGGUCAAUCAUGACGUGACGACCAUCUUCUCCAUACCCAAACCCAACAUCAUUGGGCCACCAUUCGAUCUUCCAAACUCAUCGGAGAAUCAAUUUUUUCUUUUUUCAUUUUCUUUUCGUAUUUUUAAUCUUUCAUCUGAUACUUUUUUUUUCUCUUCGUUUUCUUUCUCUCUAAAGUUUUGAGUUUUUUUUUUUUUUCACUAAUCUAAAAAUUCUCUAAAUUAGGCAUCUAUAGAGAGAUUUACUUUGUUGCCCAAUUUUUCGUUUAUUUUUUCUUUGAAUUGAUUUAUUUUGGGUAAGAAUCAUACUUGAGAUUCUACAACUGGUUUUUCUUUUUUUUUUUUUUUUUUUUUUGUAUAAUUCUCCUUUUUUGGCUUUAGAAUAUUUGGGUUAGAUUAUUAGUAGCCAAUAAUAGUAUUAAAGAACGAAAUGGGAAAUGUUAAUGGAAGAGAAGAUGGGGUUAGUAGCCCGUCUGCGCUUGAGGAAGAAGGCGAUGGCAACGGCGGCGGCGGUAGCGUGCAAGAAGGCAUGGCUGAACAGAGUCCCACCGUGCCUGAUGGGGCACCGGAGAUGAUGGGCCAGUCUCCUCCUCAAACCCCAAGGACCCACUCACCUUUGUUGUUCACUCCCCAAGUCCCUGUGGUACCACUACAAAGACCUGAUGAGAUUCACAUCCCAAGCCCUUCGUGGAUGCAAAGUGGUUCAGGGGUUGAUGAAAUGUCUUGUGAACAAGCUAUUCCAACAAUGAUUACAUGGGCAUACGGUGGCAAUGAUGUAGCUGUUGAGGGUUCAUGGGACAAUUGGAAGACAAGACUGCCUCUUCAGAGAUCAGGGAAAGACUUCACCAUUAUGAAAGUGCUGCCAUCUGGUGUUUAUCAAUAUAGAUUUAUCGUUGAUGGUCAGUGGAAGUACACCCCAGACUUGCCCUGCGCUCAAGAUGAUGCCGGAAAUUUCUACAACAUCUUAGACUUGCAGGAUUAUGUUCCGGAAGACAUUGAAAGCAUAUCUGGUUUUGAACCACCCCAGUCCCCAGAUUCAAGUUACAACAACCUGCAACUUGCAGCCGAUGAUUUUUCAAAGGAGCCACCAAUGGUUCCUCCCCACCUACAAAUGACAUUGCUUAAUUUGCCUGCGCCGUCAUCAUACACGGAGAUUCCACCGCCUAUGUCACGUCCUCAACAUGUGGUGCUCAACCAUCUUUACAUGCAAAAAGGGAGGAUUGGCGGCCCAUCCGUGGUUGCACUAGGUACAACACAUCGGUUUCUCGCCAAGUAUGUGACGGUGGUGCUCUACAAGUCCUUGCAGAGGUGAAUCUUGACUACAUCCGUGAGGACUAAAGUAGAUUUAUUUAUCUAGCUAAUUAAUACAAUUUUAAGCUUUCAAUGAUGCUGUAAUGGCUUAUAAAGCUCGGAAGGAGUAUAAGUUGAAACUUGGAGAUAGUGUUUCACAUAAUGCAAUUGCUUCUUGACCAUUCAUCCUGCGAACAUUUUUAUCCUAAUUGGUUGUUUGGUGACUACAUAGUACACACGUUGUCUUCAGCUGUACUAGACUUGAUGGUAAAGGACACUUGUGGUGAAGGCAAUAGUUAGUCUUGUAGUGAAAGGAAUAACAUAAAGAGAGUUGAAAUUAUUUUGGGCAA